UAUCUAGCUAGCUAGAGUGCAGCCAUGGCUUUGACUGACUUCAACCUGAAUGAAGGUCGCUAUAUGGGGCUGAUGGAGAAGCUCAUUGGAGAGACAGAGUUCUUGCAAGACAACCCUCCCAAGUUCGUGCCCCAGGAGGACAGGGCCAUCAAGCAUCUGAUGGACUUGCUAACCCCCCACACCAUCGAGAACGGGGGUCCGCUCAAAGUUGAUCAUGUGACCUUCGUAGAGGGGCGUGGCAACCUCUUGCUUGAGUACGAUUCUGAGGGGGCCGAGGGAACAGUAGCAUUUGUCGGCAGCCAUCUUGAUGUGGUUCCUGCUAACCCCGAGACUUGGGAAAGAAACCCUUUCAAGCUUACGGUGGAAGGAGACAAGAUGUAUGGUCGUGGUACCACGGACUGCCUGGGGCACGUGGCCCUCAUCACCGACAUCUUCCUGCAACUGGCCGAGAAGAAGCCAAAGCUCAAGUUCAAGGUCGUAUCCGUCUUCAUCGCAAGCGAGGAGAGCACUGCAAUUCCCGGAGUGGGUGUGGACAAGCUCCUGGAGACGGGACGAUUAGACCAUAUCAAGAAUGGACCUAUAUUCUGGGUUGACUCCGCUGAUAGUCAGCCGUGCAUGGGCACUGCGUCGUGCUGUAUGUGGACCCUGAGGGCAACUGGUCGUCUGUUCCACUCUGGGCUGCCUCACAAGGGCAUUAACAGCGUAGAGUUUGGUAUGGACGCCAUCAAGUACAUCCAGGACAAGUUCUACAAAGAGUUCCCCCCUCAUUCCGAGGAGGAGCGCUACAAGUUUGCCACGCCCUCCACCCUCAAGCCGACCCAGGUGGCCUGCUCUGAGGGCUCCAUCAAUCAGAUACCACCGUGGGCAGAGAUCAAGGGAGACAUUCGUCUGACCCCUUUCUAUGACAUCAAUGUCUGCAUUGAGAAAAUGAAGGGCUAUAUCAAAGAGAUCAAUGACGACCCUACGAUACUGGAGGGGCGUGGUCCUUGCUCCAAAUACGUCAUCAGUAUCCCCGAGGGUGACUUCAGGGGCAAGCUAGAGCUGUCUAUCGAGGGAGAUCCAUUCAAGGGAAUUGCCGUCAACCUUGACUCCCCAGCCUUUGCCCAUCUCCACACCUCCACUGCGGAAGUGCUCGGAGAGUCCAAGCCGUACUCCAUUACCGGGAGUCUCCCCCUAGUGGGUGACCUUCAGGAGGCGGGCUACGAUGUGCAGAUUUGCGGCUAUGGCCACUCCAGUGUGUACCACGGGGAUAACGAGUACUGUUCCCUCUCAGUUAUGAAGGAUGCUUUUAAGAUCCUCUGUGGCCUGCUGAGCAAGUACAACAAAUAAACUGAAUGAACCACUUUGAACAAGAAUGUAUAAUCAUAGCUUUGAAAAUGGUUGUACAUGUAUGUGUAUAAUUAUAGAUUGAGUAUUUUUGCCUGAACUCUGAACUGUGGAACAAUUUUUAUUGUUGGCUGUGGUAGAUUUAUUCCUUGUAAAUGUGAAAAAAAAAUUUUUUGCUGAUCAA